AUGCCGCUCUUUGCCAUUUUGAACCAAUUUCAAAUUUUGAAAAGGGACCUGCGGUUUGCCAAGGAGCUGGUGUCUGGCGUCACCCGGUGGCGCCGGCGGUUGGAUUACGUAAUCAGCGAGCUCGCGGGGCGCACCACCGAGUCGCUCGAGCCGGAGAUGCGCCAGGUGCUGCGUCUUGGCCUGUACGAGCUCACACAAAUGGGGGCCCCCUCACAUGCGCUGAACGAGCAUGUAGAGCUAGCAAAGGCCUGGGUGCGGCCGGCGGCGGCCGGCUUUGCAAACGGCGUGCUACGAGAGGCAGCGCGCCGCGCGGAGGCCGGGAAGCUUCCAGACCCGGCCGCCAUGGCCGGCGGCUCCAGCGUCCGCGACCGCGCGCGGCGCCUGGGCGUCGUCCACAGCCACCCCACCUGGCUGGUCGCCCGCUGGCUGCGCGCGCUGGGGGAGGAGUCCACGCUCUCGCUGCUCGUCUGCAACAACGCGCGCCCCUCAUACUCCCUGCGCGCCAACGGGGCGGCGCUGGCGGCCGCGGAUGAGGAGGACGGCGCCGCCGACGAGCAGGGGGCGGCGACGCCGGCUGCGCGCCUGCUGCGGCGGCUGCGGGCGCUCGAGGGCGUGGAGGCUACCCCCUCCCCUCUGCUCCCAUCGGAUUUCGUGCGCGUCGCGUCCGGCCUGCAGUCCGUGCUGCGAUCCGGGCUGGUCGCGCGGGGGCUGUGCGCAGUCCAGGACGAGUCCACGGGCCUGGCGGUGCAGCUGCUGGACCCGCGGCCGGGGGAGAGGCUGCUGGAUGCCUGCGCGGCGCCGGGCAACAAGACGCUGCUCGCAGCCGGGCGGAUGCUGGGGCAGGGGCGCGUCGUCGCACUGGACGUCAGCGCCGGGCGCCUGCAGGCGCUGCGCAACGCGGCCGAGGCCCAGGGCCUGGGCGCCAUCGUCACCACGCGCGCGGCGGACCUGCGGCAGGAGGCGGCGGCGGCCAGGGCGGCGGCGGAUGGAGGCGCGGCAGCGGCGUCGUUCGAUAGGGUACUGCUUGAUGCGCCGUGCUCAGGCACCGGCGUCCUGGCGAAGCGCGCGGACCUGCGCUGGCGCCGCACGGCCGACCAGAUUACUCAGCUGUCCACCCUCCAGGAUGACCUGCUGAACGCAGCCUCGGCCUUCGUGAAGCCCGGCGGCCUACUGGUCUACAGCACCUGCUCGAUCGAGGUUGACGAGUGCUCAGAUCGCGUCCGCGCGUUCCUCGGACGCCCCGAGGGCGGGGAAUUCGAUCUGGAGGCGCCCCCGCCGGGGCUGAUGCCCGAGGGGGUUGUUGGGCCCGACGGGUGCGUGGCGACACUGCCACAUCAGCACGGCGUGGACGGGGCGUUCGCGGCGCGGCUGCGGCGGCGGGGCGCGGCGGGCGCGUGA